AUGUUUCCUCUUUGCAGGAAUGCCCAAUCGGCGGGCCUUGUCUUCUUAUUAGCAUCGACAUGGGCACCCUUGGCCCACGCCCUAGAUAUCGAAUACUGUUCCGACUUCAACACUGGCGAGACAUCCAGCAACUACAGUAUAUAUCAGACCAACGGCCUGUGCCAUGAUCACUGUUUCGAUGACUACGCUUACGCCAUCACCCAAGGCAAGCUGUGUUGGUGCUCAAACUACGCCCCUGUCAAGUCGGUGCAAGACAGCAAAUCCAAAUGCAAUACUCCUUGUCCCGCAUGGCCGAAAGAGGUCUGUGGUGGUGAUGGUGUAUAUGGAUAUGUCAACCUUGGCAACAUAGAGCCAUCCGGAUCUCGAGGACCUUCUCCCUCAUCAACCAAAACCGACCAAAACGAAUCCUCUACCGAAGCUUCCGAGACCAAGGCCACUUCAACUGAUGGCGAAGAGCCGACAGCCAGCGCGACGGAUCAGCAAUCGUCUAUCGUGCAAACUGUCACAGCAGGGGGCACUGUCAGAACGGUGACUGUCGCGCCAUCACAGACUGGUGGAACAAUUGCAAACGAAAACACGUCUGGGACGACUGACAAAAGCGGACUCGGCACUGGCCAGGUUGUUGGCAUUGUGGUGGGCGUUAUCGCUGCCGUCAUCCUCGCCGCAGGCGUGGUCUUGUUCCUCUGGUUCCGUCGCAAGAAGCAACAAAACGAGCAGGAGGCUUAUCGGGACGACCCCAGUAUCCGAGAUAGUUCCUCGGGUAUUGCUCAGCGACCUGAUAUGAGCACCACCAAUGGCUCACCGAUUGCUUCAGCCGCCGCAGGCAGUCGCAACAGUACCCUGCAGGUUGAUCCGCGAAUGGAUCCAUUCAAGCAGGGCCUGUACGUUCGAAGUGCAAGCCACGAGAGUAUCAACACUUUGCGGGACGAUCAUGACUAUUCGAGGAGGAUCCAAGCACCCAAAGUACUUCGUGCAACCAACCCCGAUCCAACGCCGGAACCCUGA